AUGUGGCAACUAAAAUUGUGCAUUUAUCUGUGUUUAACAUUGUUUGGUUCAUCUUGUUAUGGGUCUGGAGGAUUCCACGUCCAAACAACUUGCGAAAACGAAGAGACCGAUUUAUUUUCCUGCGAAUUAUUCGAAAAAGACAGUGUCCUCUAUAUUUCCAAUCUUACUACGUUUUGGGGAAGAAGGGAUAAUACCACUUGUGCUCCCAUAGAAAAUGAUAAGGAUGUUAAAGCAAAUAAUUGGAAUUGCCAUUUAGAUAUUGUGGAUUUAUUGAGGAAAAAAUGCGAUGGAAAAACACGUUGCAAAUUUCAGUCAUCAAAUGAGUUUUUUGGGGGUGAUCCUUGUCCCGGGGAUCGUAAGUAUUCCGUCGUCUCUUACGAAUGUAGAAAACCUGCGGAACCAACCCCGCCAACUGCCACAGAACCUGAAGAACCAACCCCGCCAACUGCCACAGAACCUGAAGAACCUACCCCGCCAACUCCCACAGAACCUGCGGAAGAGGUGGUUCAAGGACCCACAGUGUGCUACACAAAUUAUAUACGCAUAGAUUGCGGCCAAAAGAAAAUUAAGACCAACAAAGUUUUCUUUGGCAGAGGCGAUAGCUCCACGUGCAAAUAUUUUAGUAGUAACUUUAAUAACCUUAAAUGCGAUGCGAGUGAUGUGGCAUACAAGGAUAUCCAACAAAAAUGCGAUGGACAAAAUCACUGCUAUAUAUGGAAUAUUUUGGGUUUUGGUGGUGUCAGUUUCAAUGCAAAUUUAAAUGGAAGUGGCCUUGUUAGUGGCAAUGCGAUUGUAAGAGGCAAUGUAAAUGCUCAAAUAAGUUGCACCCCCGCCCAUUUACCUUAUUUAAAAAUAAGUCAUCAGUGUGUUAAUUAA